AUGCAGCUAAGGCCACCAUCUGGCCAUUUGGGCCAGAGAUCACCAAGGAGAAAGCGCACCAUUAACAUGCUUGACGAUUUAUCCCCGAUUAAGCUCAGAUCUCCAAUGAAACGAACUAUGAAUGAGCUUGACCAGGCCGCAGUUCAAAGGGCAAUGCAGAUAAGAUUCAAGAGUGUUGUGCCGGAUUAUAACGAUAAUGAAAUUGAUGAAGAUAGGGAGUUGGUUGAGGAUGAAGACAUGGCAUUGGCCGAUAAGAUUAUCGCUCUCAGCAAGAAAGACAAUUACGAAUCUAUGCAUAUGGAAUCAGAUGAUUCUGACAGGGAAGUGGGAGAUGAAAAGUUCGUUGGUAAUUAUGGAAAAGUGUUCCUUCCAACUACUCCUAAUCUCAGGAGGCAAUUGGCACAUCCUGAUGAAGAUAGAUCACCAUCACCAACCCCUUCACCUACAAGUUAUCGCCGUAAUUAUACACCUAGGAGAUCAAAUAAUAGAACAGAACACCUGCUUACAGAUGAAAUAAAACUUAAAUCACAAGUUAAGUUGAUGGAUAUACCAACAAUUGAUAAAGAAAGCGACACACUUUUAAAAGAGGACGAUGGCCAGGCUGGGUCUCUUUUUUAUGAUGGCUUUGAAGGCUACUUCGAACAGCAAAAGCUUAGAGCCAAGAAGCUAUCAACAAAUUCCAUGACUAUGGCCCCACAGGUAUCCUACGACGAGUUUCAUGCAUACAAUAAACUCGCAAACUUCAUGUGCCUAGGACAGAAGACGAAUCUUAUAGGAUACUACAGACAACAAUACACACAAUGGCUCUUUGAACUCCAGGAAGGGUUUAACAUAAUAUUUUACGGGGUUGGAUCCAAACGCAGAUUGAUUCUAGAUUUCGUGCAGAGUUUUUUGUUGGAAAGAGUUUCUAAAAGCACGAAAUGCGUUGUUGCCAAUGGCUACAAUUCAGAGCUAGAUCCUCGUGCUUUGCUCAAAUUUAUUUGGAAACUGAUGUUUAAUAAGAAGCCACCGACUUGGCACAUGGUGGAUUCCGUCAGAGAGCUCAAAACAGCAUUUAACAAGUUUGUGGAUAGAAAGAAGUUGAUAAUUGUACUCCACAACAUAGACGGGGAGUCACUGAGAAAAGAUAAGUACCAUUACAUAUUGGGUGAGCUCUGCCAGAUACCGCAAAUAAGCUUUAUUUGCUCGAUGGAUAAUAUGAACACACCACUAUUUUGGAAUGCCUCGUUGAUGGCUAACUUCAAUUUCAUUUGGCACAAUGUGACCACGUUCGCUUCUUAUAGUACCGAAAUAAGCUUCAAGGAUCCACUCAGUAUCGGAAAGUCGGAUGAGUUUGUUGGAUCAAAGGGUGCCAAAUAUGUUUUGAGCUCGUUGACGUCAAACGCCAAGAAUUUAUACAAGAACUUACUGAUCCAACAACUUGAAAAGAUUGAUUCUUCCUUGACUUCCGACGAAGAGAUCGAGAACAGAGGUUCCCUCACAGGAAAUAUCAAGUUGGCAAUAAUAUUCAGGGACUUCUACGAGUUUUGUGUCAACGAGUUUAUUGUCUCGAAUGAAAUAUCUUUUCGGACAGUUCUCCGGGAAUUCGUGGAGCAUAAAAUGUGUUCGUUGACUCAAGAUAUCGCCGGUACCGAAAUUCUCUACAUUCCCUUCACAGUCAACGAGAUGGAAAAGAUUUUGGAAGACGAGCUACUAGAAUGA